AUGUUUGGCUUUUUAAGGGCCAAUUUCUCACCUACUAUUACCCCCAAAAAGACGCAGAAGAAGACCGGUAAAAAGACCCCCAAGAAAGUGGAACCCGAGGAACCCAAGGAGGAGAUGGAAGUAGAGGACAUGAAGGAGAAGGUGGAAGGAAGCAAAAAGACAAGGAGGAGGAAGAAGAGGAAGAGGACAGUGAAGGCAGAAGAUACUGAGACCAAGGAAAACGAGUCCCCUCCAAAAAAGACAAAAACAGACCUUGAGGUCCCCAGUGAAAAGACGCAGAAGAAGACGGCUAAGAAGACCCCAAAGGAGGAGGAACCCGAGGGACUCAAAGAAGAGAAGGAAGUAGAGGACACCAAGGAGAAGGUGGAAGGAGGUGAAAAGGCCAAGAAGAAGAGGAAGAGGAAAAGGAAGAGGAAGAGGUCAGAGAAGGCAGAAGAUGCAGAGGCUAAGAAAACAAAUGUACCAGAUGAAAAGCUGGAGCUUGAAGGGGAGCUGUUGGACAUGCAUGCCAAGCGCAAGACUGACACCUGUGAGCGGACCCUCGUCAUCAAAAUGAAGAAAUUCAAACAAGAGUACAUAAAGCAGAGGCCAGAUAUCUGUAAGGAUGCGCUCUUCUAUGGCAUAAAGUUUGGAAAAUUGUGCUUUGCGGUUUACAAGUCGAAGGCAGAGGCCGAGGAUAAAUUGACUGAGCUGAAGAAAAAUCCAGAAGUGAACUAUGCAUGGCAUUGGAAGCAACAGCAGAUCAAUGCAACUGUGAAUCCAUACACAUUGUUUGUUGAACAUUUACCAGAGGGGACUACAAAGGAGGAAUUGCAGAAAAUGUUCCCAAGCGCCACAGUCAUACACUAUGAUGCAAACAAACUCUUCGUCAACCUGGCCUUCUCAACCAAGGAAGAUGCUGAGACAAUCUUCAGAGAAUCCGAAAAUCUGAAGCUAAAAGGUGUGGGGAUCAUUGUACUUUUCGGCAAAUAUGGCUACAACUGGGAGCGGGAACCCAGAAAAGGAACUAGAAAGCAAUUGAAACCUCCAACGGAUUGAAAAGUAUAAACGAAAAUGAAGAAGACUUUAUUUGUAUUUUGUAUGAAUGAAAGUUAAACUUUGA